AUGGAAGGUAAAAACCAAACUACUGAGUUCAUCAUGAAGGGAUUUUCCUGUCAUCCAGAAUUUCAGAACUUGCUCUUUGCAGUGAUUUUCAUCAUGUACAUCACAUCCCUGCUGGGAAAUAUCCUCAUCACUAUAACAGUCUAUCUUGACUCCACCCUUCAUGCCCCCAUGUACUACUUCAUCUCCAAUUUGUCCUUGGUUGAUAUCUGCUACACCUCAGUCACCAUCCCAAAAUUACUGACAAACCUGCUUUCCCAAAAGGGGACCAUCUCAUUCAUUGGUUGUGCCUUUCAGAUGUAUUUUCUUCUUUCCCUCGGGACAACUGAAUGCUUCCUCCCUGCUGUUAUGGCUUAUGACCGUUUCUUAGCCAUCUGCAACCCCCUGCAAUACAUGGUCCACAUGAACAAGCAACUGUGUAGCUGCCUAGUGGGUAUCUCAUGGGCCAGUGGCUUGUUGCUCUCCUUGGUACAGACCACACUAAUAUUUACCUUGCCCUACUGUGGGCACAACCAGAUUGAUCAUUUCUACUGUGACAUUCCUCCUCUUCUGUAUCUGGCCUGUGGAGACACCUCCAUGAAUGAAAUUGCAGUCUUUGUAGCUGGAUUGUUAAUCACCUUAAUGCCCGCCUUGUUGAUUUUUGUUUCUUAUGUCCACAUCAUCAGUGCUGUCCUGAAAAUCACAUCAGCCGAUGGCAGACACAAAACUUUCUCCACCUGCUCCUCCCACCUCAUCCCAGCCGAUGCCAGACACAAAACUUUCUCCACCUGCUCCUCCCACCUCAUUGUUAUCAUUUUGUUCUAUGGAUCUGCCAGUGCCAUGUAUCUGAGACCCAGGUCCAGCUAUGUCCCAGAGAGUGACAGAUUUCUGGCCCUGUUUUACUCUGUUGUGACGCCAACCCUGAACCCCAUUAUCUAUAGCCUGAGGAGCAAAGAUAUCAGUAAAGCACUGUGGAGGUUGAUAACUUCAAGAUUAUUUCCUUUCAAGAUGUGA